CGAACAGUUACCAUGGUUACAUGUAUUGUUAGACAGAUAACUGAUUUGUUGUUAGCUAUCUAUCUAGCUAGCUAGCUUGCUUUUCUGGGACUACUGAGCUAACUAGACGAAUUCUGGAGAAACGUUAGGCAACGUAACAGAAAAGAUUUAUUCAACACUAGUGCUUGAAUCGUCUUACAAUCCAGGUAUCUUGGAGCGCCAGUGGUGAUCUCUGGGCAGAGGCAUCAUGUCCGGAGACCUGGUCGGGGUUUGGGACGUGGCCCUGAGUGAUGGGGUUCACAGGAUUGAAUUUGAACAUGGCACAACCACGGGGAAACGGGUCAUCAAUGUUGAUGGCAAGGAGGUCCUGAGGAGAGACUGGAUGUUCAAGCUGGUAGGCAAGGAGACGUUUUAUGUAGGAAGCACAGACACAAAGGCCACCAUUAACAUUGACGCGGUGAGUGGGUUUGCCUAUGAAUACACACUGGAAAUCAACGGCAAGAGCCUGAAGAAAUACAUGGAGAACCGUUCUAAGGUUACAAGCACUUGGCUGCUCAACCUGGAUGGUGUAGACUGCAGAGUGGUCCUGGAAAAAGACACCAUGGACAUUUGGUGCAAUGGGCAGAAAAUGGAGACAGCCGGGGAGUUUGUGGAUGACGGCACAGAGACACACUUCACUCUGGGCGACCAUGACUGCUGCAUCAAGGCCGUGAGCAGCGGCAGGAGGAGAGACGGCAUCAUCCACACACUCCUGGUGGACGGAAACGAAAUGGCCGAGGCCAACGAAUUAUCAUCUGUGAAUCCUGUGAUGUAGGAAGUUGUAUUUUUAACCCUCAUGUUCUUCACUACAGUGGUUGUCCUACUGACUCAGGCCAGAAUUUAAAGCAAUACAGGUGUAACAUUUCAUUUAAAUUCACAGUACAUUCCCAGUAAUCACAGCACUAAGAAUUACAAAUGAUAUCAAUAGAUAGAUGCACGAAAGCACUUCCUGUUUGCUGAGUGCACAGGUGUAGGGAGGGGUAGGGAGUGAGACACUAAAAUCUGAUUUAUACUUCAGAUUUAACACUUCACUUUUAAAAGUGACCUGAAUGUAAUUCAUUUAAGAAUUUUUUUUUCCUCAAGAAACUAAGCCAAAUUCAUGCUGGCAACAUUAGUUUAAGUAUUUAGAACAUUAAAAUGGGUAAAAAUGGAACCCAAGGAGAACACACAGGUUGAGCUAGUCUGGCCCUUGUACUGGUUUAACAUCACAUUUCCCAGUUCAGUGUAAAAUAGGGUCAAAAGUAUGUGGAAACCUGACCAUCACACCCAUAUUUGCUCCUUCCCCAAACUAUAAGCAUAAAAUGCCUUUUGUAUGUUGUAGCAUUAUGAUUUCCCUUCACUGGAGCUUAUAAGUCCAAACCUGUUCCAGUAUGACAGUGCCCAUGUGCACAAAGUGAGCUCCGUGAAGACAUGGUUUGCCGAGGUUGCCGAGUGGAAGAACUCAACCACGUUAAACACCCUUGAUAGGAACUGGAGUACCAACUGCACCCCAGGUCUCCUUGCCUGACUCAUUGCCUAACCUUACUAAUGCUCUUGCAGUUGAAUAAGCACAAAUUCCCACAACCAUGUUUCAAAAUCUGGUGGGAAGUCUUCACAGAAGAGUGGAGCUUAUUAUUACAGUAAACGGGGAGUGAAUCUGGAGCGUGAUGGUCGGGUGUCCACAAACUUUUGGCCAUAUAGUGUAUGUGAGUGUCAUUGUGGCUUGAGAUGCCAAUCAAACCAACUUGUAACUUUAGCAUAUCAGACCUAAUAGACCUGCUGUUAAUUAACAGAUUGUAUUAAACCAGGCCAAAAUGGUAAAUCUCAUAGAAUGAGAUUUUUAUGAGCUUUGGAAUGAUUUCUAAAAACAUUGUAUUAUGUAUUAAGUCAACCAGCAGUGAAGCAUGGAUUAGAACUAAGACUUAAAUCACAGAAAAGAUGAGAAACUUCACAUGGAGGUGCUGCAUGGUCGAAACAAGAUGAGCUAGACUCGUUUGACUUUCAGUUUUUAUAGUGGAGAGUUCAGGACAAUAAAAUGGAGCUGCUGCACAUUUGGUUUUACUUACCUUCAUGUGUGGUGGCAUCACUGCUUGCAUCUUUGAAAACUGACAUGUUUAGGAGCCAAAUAUGAAAUUCAGGUGUUUACACAUGUUAGAACAUUCCUUUAUGAAUGUUUAAAGGUCCCAUCACCCAGGAUGGCAGUAACAUUCCUGUGGAAGUGCAGUUGAAAGUCAGCGUCAUUGUAGAUAGAAGGGCCAAAGAGUAUUUUCAGACGUUGUACUUUCCAGAUUCAGUGUUUGGCAAUUCUUCGUGUUAAAACCUGCUUUAAACGGUCCUUCAUGAAAAGUUUAGGGCCGGUUAUAAAUUCAUAUAGCAGACUGCAAAAUUGUAAAGUGCCUACCUAUCUCCACUAAACCGAUAAACCUAUAAAGGGGGUAUUAGGGAUAUUAAAAAAGGAUCCGAUUUGUUUUUUCUUUUCAAAUCAGGAAGACUGCAAGACUUCAAAAACAUUUCCUGAUUCCUUAAUCAGCGUAGCCCUGCACCAUUGUGUUCUUAUAUUUAAAAGUAUGUACAGUAACGUUGUGGUUCAACAUUGUGCAGGUCAACAAAGCUGAUACUGUGUUUGUGUUACAAAUUAAACCUGUCUAUAUAUCAGAUUUAA